CUUCUGGGAUCCUGACUUCCCCCACCCUACGUCUCCGGAUCCGCCCCCUGGCUGCGCUCCACCAGUCUCGCUCUCGCUGGGCACUGCCCUCUCCUCUGAAGUAGUCUCGCUUCCCCGACAUGUUCUGUUUGCGACACUGUCGUGUCAGAGCACGCUUUACGGCCGCGGGAACGGAACGGGCCUGCGGCAGGGCCACUCCAGCCGCGAAGCAGGGCAGGCGAGCGAGGUGGAUGCCCGGCGGCGGGGCGAGCGCGACGUCUGCCCGGCUUCUCACUGCUGCAGAGCAAAGAGGAACCCGAGAAGCAUCGGGGGCGGCGUCCAGGAGCGGUCCGGGGGGCUCCGGCAGCAGCAGCAGAGUCGAAGCAGGCGGCCCCGCUCCGGGGAGUGGAGGCCCGGGGGGCCCCGCUGGCAGAAUGAGCCUGACCCCGAAGGAACUCUCGAGCCUGCUGAGCAUCAUCUCGGAGGAGGCAGGCGGCGGUAGUACCUUCGAGGGCCUGUCCACAGCUUUCCACCACUAUUUCAGCAAGGCCGACCACUUCCGCCUGGGUUCGGUGCUCGUAAUGCUCCUGCAGCAGCCUGACCUGCUGCCCAGCGCCGCGCAGCGCCUCACGGCGCUCUACCUGCUCUGGGAGAUGUACCGCACGGAGCCGCUCGCCGCUAAUCCCUUCGCCGCCAGCUUCGCGCACCUUCUCAACCCCGCGCCGCCCGCCCGCGGCGGCCAGGAGCCUGACCGGCCACCGCUCUCAGGAUUUUUACCUCCUAUAACUCCACCAGAAAAGUUUUUUCUUUCCCAGCUGAUGCUGGCACCUCCAAGGGAGCUCUUUAAAAAGACACCUCGACAGAUUGCGUUGAUGGACGUUGGAAACAUGGGCCAGUCUGUGGACAUUAGCGGGCUUCAGCUGGCCUUGGCUGAACGCCAGUCUGAAUUGCCAACCCAAAGUAAGGCUAGCUUCCCUAGUAUUCUCAGUGACCCAGACCCAGAUUCUUCUAAUUCUGGAUUUGACAGCUCUGUUGCCUCCCAGAUCACGGAAGCUUUAGUCAGUGGACCAAAGCCGCCGAUUGAAAGCCACUUUCGGCCAGAGUUUAUUCGUCCCCCACCUCCACUCCACAUCUGUGAGGAUGAGCUGGCAUGGCUAAAUCCAACAGAGCCUGACCAUUCGAUUCAGUGGGACAAAUCAAUGUGUGUUAAGAAUAGCACGGGUGUAGAGAUCAAGCGAAUAAUGGCCAAAGCCUUCAAAAGCCCCUUAUCUUCUCCUCAACAAACACAGCUCCUUGGUGAGUUGGAAAAAGACCCCAAACUUGUUUAUCAUAUUGGCCUCACUCCAGCCAAACUUCCUGACCUAGUGGAAAACAACCCUUUGGUCGCCAUAGAAAUGUUGCUGAAGUUAAUGCAGUCGAGCCAGAUCACCGAGUACUUUUCAGUCCUGGUCAAUAUGGACAUGUCUUUACAUUCGAUGGAAGUUGUAAAUCGACUAACUACAGCUGUUGAUCUACCUCCUGAAUUUAUUCACCUUUAUAUAUCAAAUUGCAUCUCUACUUGUGAACAAAUUAAGGAUAAAUACAUGCAGAAUCGUUUGGUACGUCUCGUGUGUGUCUUUCUUCAAUCCUUGAUCCGUAACAAGAUUAUUAAUGUGCAAGACUUGUUUAUAGAAGUACAGGCCUUCUGUAUCGAGUUCAGUAGGAUACGAGAAGCUGCUGGCCUCUUCCGGUUGUUGAAGACAUUGGAUACUGGGGAACCACCUUCUGAGACCAAAAUGUCGAAAUAAUACCUCAUCUCAUUGGAACCACCUAUUCAUUGUUCAGCCGUACUGUGAUUUAAUUUUGAAAACUGUAAAAACCCUAAGUGGAUUGCUUGGUGUCGUGAUAUAAACAACACUAGCUAGCUACCUAAAGCAAAGUUUUGCUUUCCUGGAUGACUUUUUCCUUUACAAAAAUUUUUAGUAAGAACUUGGAAAAAUUGUCUUUUAGGUGUCUCGCUGAUGAUUAUCCAUAGAAAAGUCUUUCUCACUAAAGAGCAAGGUGCCUGUUUCUAUUUAAAACACAAAGUCUUCCGAUAAGAAUCCAGUUUUGCUAGGUUCCAAUGUUAAAUGUGUUUAAUGAGAGUAAAUGAAGAUAUUCUUGAGAAUUUGCUAUACUGCCCUUGAGGUGAAAUCAGUUGAAUGUUUUUGAAUCAUCGAGUGGCAUACUGAAAUUUCAGCCUUGAACCCAUUUAUGCACAUAGCUCUUAACUUCUCAUUAAGCAGAGUUUGAACCAAAGGACAGACAUCCCUGUAACCUUAUCUUUUCUUGUCAUGGGGACACUUAAUAGACAAUAGAAUGCCUUUCUUGGGCCUUCAAUAAACAUGAGAACUCUUAGAAACCUUUUUUGAGGCUGUAACAGCUGGUAUAGUUUUCUGGGUUUUCUUGAAAUGUUCAUUAGUUCUGUUAUUCAUUUAAGAUAGUCAUUUUUUGUUUGAAGGACAAAUAAUAGUGCUUUGGGAAGUAAUGUCAUCACUGAGGAACAGUCAUGUAAAGUUGCUUGCAGAGUGGGAUGUGUGCCCUUCUGCCUGUGGGGCACAUGAGCUGUUUGAGUAGGAGAGCAAGAGAGCUUCAUGUGGGCCAUUAGCCCUCAUUUAGCUUUGGACAACAGUGCCUUAUAUUAAAGUUGUUUUUAUAAACUA